GACAGCAACCUACACUUCACCCAACAUUCACGCAUACAUCACACCCUCGCGAACCAUGUCGUCCAACCUCGAACAAUUCGAGACGCAGCCGCCCACCCACCGCGUGCACUCGCAAUCACAGCCGCUCCCGGGUGCCACCGGCGCCCCCAAUGCCGAGUCCACGAUAGACUACUCGGCGGAGAAUGUCGAGCAUGCGCGCGGCUUGGGAACGGAGAAUGACAGCCUGAAUCGACCGAGUAAGACGCAAGAGGCGAAGGAGAAGGUGGUGGAUAUGGCGCCGGGGCUUGGGUCGGGGAGGGGGCAGGGCGCGUUCGGAGAUAAGAGGGAAGACGCUGAGCAUGAGGAUAGGCCGACGGAUAUGAGGUCGGCCAACGAAGGCACUACUGUUGGAGAGCAGGAUGGUCCGGAAGGUCAUGCGAAGUUCAGUGACAAGAUGGUAGGAAAGACUCAGAAGGUCAUGGGGAAGGUGACGCGCAACGCCGAUUUGCACGAGAAAGGCCAGUUGAGGGAGGCAGGCGGCAAAGCUGCAACCCAGGAAGCUUGAGCAGAUGAUUAAAGUCACGAAGCAGUAUCCGUUGACAUCUAAUGUACGAAUAGCCAAAUUUGCGAUCAGUCC